UAUGAUUUAAGCGACAUUAGCGGAAGUAAACAACAGCCGUUAAAACUGCACGAUCACUGAUCCACGCACCUGCUGGUUACUGUUAGGCGAGACCGACCACCUACGUCCCGUUACAAGAUAGACGUUAGUUGUAUAUGUGACUGAAACAAAAGUAAUGGCAUCAUAUUACGACGAACACGACUGUGAGCCACUAAGAGACGGAGAACGCCCAAACCAUCUUCUUCAUUUAGCAAGAUUGUUGCUUGACACGGGCUACGCUGCAGAUGAGGACUUCAACAGACUAUUUGGAGGAGAGCGAAAAGUUCCACCAGCCGCUAAGAAAGUUGUUGAAAACCUCCCGACUAAAGUUAUAGGACCAACGCAAGCAGCUCAGUGUAUGAAGUGUUCCGUGUGUCUUGCGGACUUUGACGAAGAGGACGAGACCAAGACAUUGCCAUGUCAACAUCAGUUUCACUCCAAAUGCAUCAUCCCUUGGCUGCAGAGAGUUAAUUCCUGCCCUGUGUGUCGACAUGAACUGCCGACAGAUGACCCCGAUUAUGAGGAAUACAGGAAGCACAAGGCCCGAGCCAAGCAACGUGAAUAUGAGCUGGAAUCUUUACACAACUCCAUGUUUGGAUGAUGCAACAUGUUCAUACUGUGAUUAAUCAAGAAUAGUGACAUGAAGUGGAUACAUCAAAGUGGGAUGGACAAUCCAUUUCUGGAAUAUUCCUGCCUCUGAACCAAUUUGAAAAUGUGAAGUGGAUCUGCACCAAAUUCCAUCAUACCGACCAUGGUAAUGCCAAAAGAGCUUUAUGAUCCAAUUUCACCAUAUUAGACCCAUCUUUGUGUAAUAAAGACUUUUUGCCUUCAAAA